AAUGCAAACAUUGGAAGUGGCCGCCUGUGGCAGUUUUUAAAAAGUUACGAAAGUGAACGGUUUCCGAAUAAUUUUGGCGGUCGAUUCGCGUGAGAAACGCCAAUUCAUAAUGGCGUGCACAACAUUCAAGUCGUUCCUGACUUGCCUCCGCGUAUUCAUAGACAAGAUGAUAGACUUUUUCUUCGGCCUGUACUGGGACGGCAAGAAGCAAUCCAUCCCGGACCUGAGUAAGAAGAACGCGUUCCUGGCUGAAAGCACCGUCACCCUGGCUCGGAAGAUUAGAGAGAAGCAUCUCAAGUCUGAAGAUUUAGUAAAGGCCGUCAUUGAGAGAAUAAAAGAGGUGAAUCCCAUAAUAAACGCAAUAACGGAAGACCGCUUCGAGGCCGCGUUAGCAGAAGCCAGGGAAGUGGACAACCUCAUAGCGGCCGGACUUUCUGAAGAGGUGGCGGCUAAGAAACCGUUCUUAGGGGUCCCAUUCACAGCAAAGGAGAGUCAGGCCAUGAAAGGCUUCCGUUAUACCCUGGGACUUUGGUCUCGGCGGGAGCUCAGAGCUGAUGAAGACAGCGAAGCAAUAGUCCUGCUUAAGGCAGCCGGGGCAAUUCCAGUAGCUCUUACUAACCUCCCAGAAUUACUGCUUUGGCCUGAAACCCGCAACCCGGUAUACGGUAUGACGAACAACCCCCACCACACUGGUCGAACGUCCGGUGGCUCAAGCGGCGCUGAGGCAGCCCUCACUGCAAGCUAUGCGACGCCUAUCAGUUUGUGUUCUGACCUGGGAGGAUCCACUCGUAUGCCAGCUUUCUACUGCGGCUUGUUCGGACACCACACUACUGCUGGAACCACGAACAUCAGAGGAGUGAUGUUCCAUAAAGGCGACGAGGAGUCCAUGUUCAGUCUGGGUUUCAUCACAAAACAUGUUGAGGAUUUAGCUCCGUUGACCAAAGUCAUCGCAGGAGAUAAGGCCGCUCUUCUUAAAUUAGAUCGCAAUAUUGAUAUCAAGGACAUAAAAUUCUACUACAUGGAAACGUCUAAUGACUGCCGAGUAAGCUCAAUAAGGCCAGAGCUAAGGGACGCUAUGACUAACGCAGUAUCAAAGAUCAGCAAGCAAGUGUCCCCAGAGAACAGUCCGCAGCCGUACCACCACGAGGGCUUCGACCACAUGUACCAGCUGUGGUCUUACUGGAUGAGCAAGGAGCCUCAUAACUUCGCCAGUCUGUUCAACAAUAACAAGAGCGAAGCUAACGGAUUUGUGGAGUUCUUUAGAUGGAUGUUUUGUCUAAGCAAGCACGGUUUGUCAGCUGUCAUUCGGUUGCUGGAAACGCAGGUCAUGCCGCUGUAUCCCAACUGGGCUGAGAAUCUCACCAAGCAAUGGAAGGAAGAUCUUUUGGAAAAGCUGGGCGAUAACGGAGUCCUAUUGAUGCCGAGUGCUCCGCACGCGGCCCCGCACCACUACUCCUGCUUCCUGCGGCCCUACAACUUCUCCUACUGGGCCUCCGUUAAUGUCCUCAAGUGUCCUGCCACUCAGGUGCCUCUAGGCGUCAAUAGCCAGGGUCUUCCAAUCGGCAUCCAAGUGGUGGCCGCUCCGUACAACGACGCGCUCUGUCUCUCCGUGGCCAAGUUCUUGGAGAACGAGUUCGGCGGGGCCGUCAUGCCUUGCAAAACUCAAUAAAUAAUAG